AGUAAACAUUCAACAUUGUCAAAACGCGAAUUGUUAUGAAAAUAUAUAACAAUUUCAUAUUUUUCCCUUUUCAACUAAAUUUUUGUAGUGUUACGCCGUUUUCUAAACUUUUUACAACUUAAGCAGUAUUUUGUGUGUAAAACGUAAUGGUUUAGUGUAUUGCUUACAAUAUACGAUAGUGAUGACUACUUACAAUUUAUUUUUAUUUUUAUUCAAUUUCGAGUAAUUUUGUUUGAUUCGGCAUGGAAGAAGUGAGGCAGCUGGUACAGGAAGAAGGCAGGGAGGCGAGGAACCUGGUUGCAUUCCACGUAGCGGUCGAUACACCAACUCGUGUAUCCCGCAAGCCUCCUCGCGCUGCGCCACCGCCGCGCCGGGCUCCGCCGCGCGCUGUCCGCCUGCGCUCGGCCUCCGCGGGACGUGACAAGCGCUCCGAGCUUAGGGCGAGAUACUGGGCGCUGCUGUUUGGUGAUCUUCAGCGAGCCGUCGGUGAAAUUUACAAUACAGUAGAAGCCCAUGAGAACUUAAACGAGUGCCAAGAAGUAAUAUUAGUCCUAGAAAAUUACACUCGAGAUUUUAAAGCUUUGGGUGAAUGGUUUCGACUGAAGUGGGAAUACGAUAAUACUCCUCCGCCCCAACGGCCGCAGAGCUUAGCAUGGGAGAUAAGAAAGACUGACUUCGUCAGACCCGAGUCCCGACGUACACAUUCCGUGAAAAGCUCGCCGUCAGUGUCCGGUAAAAACAGUCCCUGUCUCUCCGGACAUAAUACACCAAGCGGCAAAAAUAGCCCGAAUUUAACGGGAAAGGCCAGCCCUGGUAGCGGUAAAAUCAGUCCAAGGAUUUCAACAUGCCAUUCCAGUACUAGUCCAAAAGCGAAUAUUGAAUUCUUUACCAACAAAGUUGUGUCGAAAAUCACAGCAAAACCAGAACCUAAGUCCGCCAAAGAAUCGACAAGACUCUCAGAUAUAAAGGAGAAAGAUGUUAAAGAAACAGACGAGAAAAUUGAAAACCCUAAAGAGAAAAAAUUAAAAGACGACGUCCGAAAGAUUGAUAAUAAGAUGGAAAAGGAUAUUCAUAAAGACGUAAAGUCAACUGUCACAGUUGAAAUUGGUAAAGCCAAAGAACUACCGACUGUGACUCCAAAACAAGUCGUUAUGAAGUCAUCAAAAUCUAAACUAAAUUCGGAAAAAACUAAAAAGUCUGAUAUUGAAUUAUCCAAUCAAGCUAAAACUACCAUUUCACAAUUAGAAGCAAUGGAGAAUGAGCUCUUGACAAAGCAAUUAAUACAGGUGAAAGUAAAAAAUGAUAAUUUCUUAAAUGAAGAAAAGGAAAGUCAAAGAGAAGAAAUGAUUCAAGAAAAUUCUGUCAAUGAAAUGACUUCUAUUGAUGGCAAAAUUGUUGUACAAUCAGAUAUCGAUACAUCACGUUUAGAAUCUAAUGAAUCUCCUACAAAAUCUGAAGAAAACUUUGCUGAUAUAUCCAAUGAAAGUUCGCCAAAAACUUAUAUUGGUAAAGGUGAAAAACUACCUACUCAAAUAAUUAAAAACGACAAUGGAGAAAAUAUUAAUAAUGACAAUAUUAAAGACGCAAAUUCUCUUGUCAUAGACGAAACAAAUAUAACACAUGAAAAUCAAAAAGCAGUAAACGAUGACAUCUGUGAUGUGACAGAAUCAACAUCUGAGAUAAAUAAUGCAGAUGAGACUCAACAAAAUGGUCCGCGAAGUUCGGAAGUGACCAACAUAUCUUUGAAAAAGAAUCAAUGUAACACGAAUGAGACAGUUGUUAAUGAUAUGAAUAAAAAUGAAAUAUUAGAAAAUGGUGAAAUUCAUGAUGCAAAUUUAGAUGACGAUCAGUCAGGAGUCACUAAUACUACUUCGGAUUGCAGCACAAAUAAUAAAACUAAACCUACAAAUGAACCAAAAGGUCCGGAUAAACAAUCUGAACAUAUAAAGAAAACUAACGUAGAAACCAAAGAAGAAUCUAAAAAGGAACAUGAUCCAAAAAAAUCAGAAAGUAAACCUAUGGUAGAAUCAAAAACAAACAUAAAACCUGCUUAUUCUCAAGCCGCAGCUAAACCUAAAUCAUCAAAUGUUGUCAAAACUGAAAUUAAAACACCUACUAGAACUGCUUUGAUUAGAAGUUCGACUGUCGUAGAAAUGCGACCGAACACUGCACCAAAAACUCAACGACCAUUCCAGAAAAGGAAUCAAAUAAAUAAAUGCAGCUAUCCUUUCAAUUUGACAACUAGUCGAACUACGCUAUUUCAAACUCCAUCGACUACUAAUACUGUAAAUAAGGUACCAUUACCUAAACGACCAAUAAAUAGAACCAAUCAUUUAGCUUCUGGUGAUACUAAAGCUAUAUCUAAUAGAGGAAACAUUAAUAAGAGACCAAGACCUACUUCUUUAAAAAUGAAUGGGAAAGGAGACAAGAAAGAAAGCGCAAACACUACAUUAAAUAAAAUAAAAGAUUGCGAUGAAUACAGCAGUUGUGAUACAAUUGUUACUCAAAUAGACAUGUCUAGAAUUGAAUCAAGCGAGAGCUUGAAGACUUUAGUACCGGAUGACACACAAUUGCAUGAUAUCGCAAAUUCGAUAGAAGUUCUUAAUGUCGACGAUAAAAAUGAUAAUGAAGGAUGGUUAACUGUCAAAUCUAAACGCUUGAGUCGCGAAUCCAAGAAGCAAUUGAAGUCUCACUGGGCGAACCGGUUCAACCAACCUUCAGCCACAACUAGUUUGCCGACGUUAAACAUGUUAUCGCCUAAAGAAGAAAGUAACGCUAUAGUAGAAUCAGCUAAAAUUACAAAAAUAGAUCGCGCAAAAUCAGAACAACCGGAGACUGCUAAAGUGGAGCGGAAAGUUGAAAAAGUCGUUAAAGUACUAACCACACCAAAAGCAGAAAAUAAGGCUAAAGAUCCAGCGAUGAUUCGUCAAAAGUCAGAUGUAACCGGCCUUAAGACAAAACCCUCGAGGACCAGACUGACUAGAAGAGCCGGGAAAAUUAAAGACGCGACUAACGUAGAACAAUCUGAGUUGACUAAGAAUAGACUACAUUCGUCUUUGGAAAGUCUUACAACCGGUCUAGCUAGAUCCCAAGAGAGUACUGAGGAAGCGUUCGAUUUUGAUAAAUGGAAAGCUGAGUUUAAAUCUACAUUUAAAUAUUUAGACGACGACGAUCAAACUUCGAACGAUACUGAAAUAUUGAAGACUGCAGAUCCAUCAGAAAUGUCGGAGAUCGCAGAAAUGACGUCACAGAUAGAAGAGAACGAAAAGAAAAUGGACUGGGCUUUAGAUCUCCAAUCGGAGGCGGACCAGAAGAAGCUUUGCGAAGAAGAGGAUCUUCUGAACAGGCAGAUAAUGGAGUUGCAGCAAGUUUCAGACAUCGAUGUCGACACCGAGACAGACGAUACAGAGACAGACGCAGAGAUCGUGUGCGAAGAUGUAGGUAACACGUUAGCGCCGUCAGAAAGUCUGGGCUCGCUGGCGGCCAGCCUGGAGGAUCAGUACGAGACUGCCCUUGCGGGCAUGAGCUGGGCAGAGAGGGUUGAUACAUUAGGUGUUCUGGAAGCGCUCGUUGCUAGAGAUCCAGGACGAGCACAGCAGCUUCACGCAAAACUUUCCCAGGGUAUUAAGCGACGUGGAAGUCUCCAAGACGCCUUGCGAAGCAUUCAAGCCAAACAAGCAAGAGCUGAACAAAAGAGAAGAGAGUUGCAGAUGGAGAGAUCUAAAAAGUUACAGCAGUUGUUAGCAAGAGUCGAGGAAGUAAAGGUGGCCAAGGAUCAACUGAUAGACGACAAGAAACUGAGGAUCAAUCGUCGCUUGGCGAAAGCUGCUGAAAAUCGGGAUCAACACUUAAAGGGUAUAGUGAGGAAGGCUCACGACGAGGAGGAGAAGCUGCGCGAGAUCGCGUUCAUAAAGCAGCUGGAGGCGGAGAACCGCCGGCUGGAGUUCCUCGCGCAGUGCCGCGCUCACACCACGCGUCUGCGCACCAUGCGCCGCGAGCGACUCGAGAAACUGGAGGAGAAGUCAGCGCGCGAGGCGGCGGUGUGGGACCGGCGACGCGCGCUGGAGGCGGCCCGGCUGCACCGCGUCCACUCCCUGGUGCAGCGCCGCCGUCUGCUGCACGAGCGCGCCCAGGGCAUGCGCGACCUCCGCAGGCAGGAGAGGGACGACGCAGCCAGGGAGAAGGCGGAAGGUGUAAAGUCGCGGCUGUCAGCGCUGGCGGCGGCGGCGGAGCAGGAGGCGGACGCGCUGCGCUCCCGCAUACGAGACAAGCAGGACGCCAGCCAGCAGCGACUGGAGCAGCAUCUCCAGGCUGUCAGGGAGAAGGCCACUGGACCCAGGCAGCCGACGACGUCAGAAAGUCACGAACAGAACGAAGAGGAGGAGGCGAAGCGAUACGAGCAGGAGAGAAGAGAGAGGGAGAAGCAGAAGAAUAUCAAGAAGAAAGCGAGGAAAUUGAGACUUAGGUUGCUUAACACGAGUCACAAUGAAGAUCAGAUUCCAACUUACGAUCAUAUCGGUAUACCUUUUGGUAACAAAAUGUUCAAAGUUAUACAACAGAUUUCAAACAUCAUCACACCUUUAUGUGAUGAACAAGAUACGAUGAAACAGAAUGGCGACAACGAUGAAAAAACUAAAAAUAAGAAAGUCUUAAACGGAGAUGUUGACAAACAAACUGACAAACAAAAUGGAAUAGAAAAUAAUAAUAAUACAGAUAUUAAAAUAAUAAAAGAGAAAGUUGAAUCGAAAAAGAAGAAGAAGAAGAAAGAUGGAGACGGCGGGAAAGAGAAUGCGAAGAACAACGCGCCUUCAGUGUGCAGCUCACAAAGUGAUACUUCUAGAAGUAGUAAGAAGGAGACGAAACUCUGCGUCACAUUUGAUCAGGUCCUUUUGGAAAGGAAUCUUAAUGAAUUAUACAGAAUGAUAGAAAAAAUUGAUAAGUUCUACCCCGAGGUGUCGGUGUCGGGCAGCGUGAGUGCGCAGAAGAUGUACGGUCUCCGAGCUGUGGGUCACAUGCUGGCGCUCGCCUCGCAGAGAGAGGACCUGGCCGCGCACUUCACCGCCAAGUCGCUGUGCACCGGUGUGGCGCUGGUGUCGGUGUGUGCUGGUGCGUACGGCUCCCUGGCUGCGCGGCUGCUGCGCUCCCCUGUCGCCGUGCAUCUCGCCACGCUGCUGCACGUCACACUGGAAAAGAAUCUUCAAGACGAUAACAAAGAGACGGAACUGGCGCGCUACUUGAGUGACUGCUUGUCUGUAGCCCUGGACUCCGUGCUGUGUGCCACACGACUGUAUGAAGAUGGCUCCAGCACUGAAGAUCCUAAAGCCAUCAGUGCUUUGAGGAAUAGAGCACAUUUGAUCAUCAGUUACCUUUGUAUGAGUGGGUGUUUCGCCCGUGCAGAGGUGGCCGGCGAGGCGCGCCAGAGCGUUCAGACAUUGCUUACCAUCUGCGCUGAUCUCUGCCAACCCUCUGUGACCGAUACCGGCUGCGAGCGCGCGAUGGCGAAGCAAUCCCUCCGGCAGACAUUAGGAACGGGUUUAUGCGGCUCGCGUGCAGAAUUCUGCAUGUUGUUCGCGGAGGGUGCGGAUCUAGGACAUUGCAGUAUUUUUGUGCGGCCUGCGAGGACGGCGCACCUGCUGAGAGCUAUCGCGGAACUGGAUUAUACUAUUGUACAGGAAGCAUUUGGAGAAGGUGGUUGGCCACUAGAGUUCCGCGCUGCUGUCGCCCGACUGCUGUCUCAGCACGCGCCCAGCGACAAGGAGGCGCCGCGAGUGCAGAACAACAGAAGAGGUGCUACUGGACAGCGUUUGGAUCAGUCGCUGUCAGAGACAAUGGUGCUGGAUUUGAUCGUGCUCGUCGGUUUUGUGGUAGUCGAUAAUCCUCAAUUACAGGACACGAUCUGUGAGGGUUGGAGCGUGAUCCGCACUCUGUGCACGUUGCCGGCCAACUGGCUGGUGUCCAGUGUGCACAGUCAUGCGCUGCUGCCGACAUUGCUGGCGUUAGCUGAGAGACCGGCCACAGCGAACGCCAUUGCAGCAGAGUUCAGCUUGGACAUGCUCACCACGUUCAUGGAGAGUGAAGAUGCUCAGAAACUUAAAUUGAUACAAAUUUUAAAACAAGCACGUAAUAGAAAUAACACAAAUAACUAAAGCUUUAAUAAAGCAAAUUGAUUAAACAACGCUAUUGCGAAUUAAUUUUAACCUGUCUGUGUUUCAAUGCUCUGUGGUUAAAACUGGCACUUGUAUCAUGUUACCUUGGUUUCAAUAUUGAGAGGCACAUGUUUUUGUAAGUGUUUACUAGUGGAAACUCAACGUUACAUGUUUAGUUUUGUGCGUAUUGUUUGCCGAUAUCACAAAUGUAUAACAGUAUUCAAACUUUAUAACCGCUCGUCGGCUCGAGGCACAUAUUCCGCUUUCGCCUCUUACCUAAUAUUGUAUAACGAAUUAAAGUCAUUUCCCAUUUAGGAUGGAAUAUCGCUCAAUAACUUGUCACAAAUAUAUCUAUUAAAAAUGUAAUUUAGCAGACAAGUUUUUGAGUUACUUAACAAGUUAAAUAUUUUUUCCGAAAUGGGUAUAGUUAUUUUCACAUAUCUUACGGCCCUUUAAAUUCGCGAAAGUCACUGCGCAGAACACUAUUUUAGGUGUGUUUGAGUGUGGCUGUAGUUGUGGGGGUAGGGUACCUCGUAGCGCAUAUGACCUUCGACCGCCUAGAUAUUUGAAGAGAACUAUAGAAAAUAAAUUCGGUUGUACGCAACGUCUGCGAGCAGUCAUAAAGUUUGUAUAGCACUAUACCAGGCUAUAGGUUGUUAGCGAACGUAUCUCGUCGUUAGUUUAGUGAUAAAUUGUAGUCACAAAAUAUACUAUCGUUUUGUUAAUAGUCUUAUAUUUAUAUGAAGAAUUGUAUUUUUUAUUAUAACUAUUCAAGGUAAUUCGGGAUUUUGCAAUUUAAUAAUGAAUUGAUUUUGAGGAAUUAUGGACUGGAUUUUCACCAGUUUUAUGUUCCUAAUGAUUGUACUAUCAGCCUUUUAGUCUUUCCGUUUGAGAUAUGUUUCAAUCGUCUUGACGAAUAGUUUUUUUUUUUAUAAUAUAUUUUUAAAGUUAGAUUUUUCUUCUUUAGACUAUUAAAAAAACGAUAUUUUCAAGUAAAUGUUGUGUAAAUUUAUUGUUAAUCAUAUAUACAUAAGUGGAUGUUCCCCGCCUCUAGGAAACUCUCUCAUCUUUCGUAUUUUCCUUCUUAAAUUUAUUAUUAACAUCGCAA